CUCCUCUUGGGGGUUGGCGUUGAUGACAUGUUCAUCAUGAUCGCUUCCUGGGAACAAAGUUCAAGGAAAAAAGAGAAAUCCAAUGUUAAAUCUCUGCUGGCUGAGACUUACUCAGAGGCAGCACUUUCUGUGACCAUCACCACUCUCACGGAUGUUUUGGCCUUCUUCAUUGGCACCUGGACCGCUUUUCCAUCCGUGAGAGCUUUCUGCCUCUAUACAGGCACUGCUUUUGUCUUCUGCUAUGUAUAUACCAUGACCUUCUUUGGGGCAGUUCUUGUAUUAAAUCAUAAAAGGGAGCAAGGAAACCGACACUGGCUGACUUGUAUGCGUGUGGGAGUAGAUAAAGAUCAGGCUGAGAACUCCUGCUUGUACAACGCUUGCUGUGUCGGCAGCUGUUCCAGGCAGUCCUCUGAGCCAGAAGGGGAACAUCCAAUGAGCAUAUUCUUUAAAGAGUAUUACGGGCCUUUUUUUACAAAUAAAUGGGUCAAGCUAUUUGUGGUGUUGCUGUACGGAGCGUAUUUGGGUGGCAGCAUUUAUGGGUGUACUCAGAUCAGGGAAGGCAUCGAUCUUCGAAAUCUGGCUAAUGAUGACUCUUACGUUAUUCCAUACUAUGAUGAUGAUGAGAAAUACUUCUCGACGUAUGGACCCAGGGUCAUGGUUGUCAUUCCUGAAAGGGUAGAUUACUGGAAUGAGACGGUUCGUCGUGGCAUUGAGAGCUGUGCACAGAAUUUGGAGAACAUUUCCUACGUUGAUAAGAACCUCUCAGAGUCCUGGCUGAGAGUAUACACAGUACUCGCUGAAAGCAGUUCGAUAAAUAUAAACAAUAAGACUCAAUUCUUUAAUAACUUACCUGUACUGUUCAGCAUUCGUUCCAGUUUUGCGUGGGACUUAAACAAGACUCGGGAUGAAAUAGAAGCUUCACGUUUCUUCCUUCAGACAGUGGACGUGACCUCAGCCGUUGAUGAGAAGAAUCUUCUCAAUCAGUUAAGAGAGACAGCCAGGCAGUGCAGUAUUCCACUGAAGGUGUAUCACCCGGCGUUCAUCUACUACGACCAGUACCUGGUAAUAGUGCAGAACACCGUUCAGAACGUUGUCGUUGCUGCCGGGGCAAUGCUCGUUGUCUCCCUUCUGCUCAUUCCCAACCCGUUGUGCUGCCUGUGGGUGACUUUUGCAAUAGCUUCUGUUAUAGUUGGUGUGGCGGGUUUCAUGUCGUUCUGGAAUGUCAAUCUCGAUUCCAUAUCCAUGAUCAACCUGGUCAUUUGUAUAGGGUUUUCGGUAGAUUUUUCUGCUCAUAUUUCCUAUGCCUUUGUUACGAGUGGAGAGUCAUCAGCCAAUAAAAGGGCAAUCGAAGCGCUGUCCCUGCUCGGUUACCCGGUAUUACAAGGUGCAGUUUCUACUAUAUUAGGAGUUGUUGUCCUGGCUGCAGCAAAAACCUACAUCUUUAGGACCUUUUUCAAGAUCAUGUUUCUUGUCAUUUUGUUUGGCGCUCUUCAUGGUCUUGUUUUCAUUCCAGUGUUUUUAACAUUUUUUGGAAAAUUUGGCACAUCACCCCACAAUACCAAAUCUGAAAAGCCAGAGCUUAGCUUAAGAAAUUAUAAAGAUUGCUCAUGACUACAUUAAAUGUAUUCUAUUUUAUAUAUAUUAUAUAUUGAUUGAAAUGCAGUGACUUUCAGGGAAUGUAAGAAAUGAAUAAAAUGAAGGACAGAAAAAUAAAUAUAUCAGGGAAGGAAGGCUUCAAAAAAGCCAUGCAAGAAAAACAACAGAAGAAAUGAAACAUUACAGAGUGCAUUUGCAUUUCUCAUUUUUGUGUGUGCUUGAUUCAACAUCUUAAUGUUGUUAAAUAUUUUUUGUGUUUACUGAAUGUAUUAAAAUGACUCCUAAGCCUGCAGGAGACAAAGUCUGCUUAAGGCUCCUAAUGCAGCACAAGAAACCGUUGGUGAAGACAAAUGGACUCACAUUUUCUGUUCAAAGUCUUAUUGUCUUGAUCUGUUUUCUAGCUAAGAUUAAACAUUUGGUACCUUUAA